CUUCUUGAACUCGAGCAGCCUGGACUUCGACGGGCGGGAGAGCCUCAGGAGCGGCGCCGACGGCGAGAGGAGCCGGCUCAGCCUCGACGUGAGCACGGAGAGCAUUCGGGACACGGAGCGCUCCACGAAGACUAAGGUCGACGUCAACAUCAAGGACAACAACGAUAUGGCGCCCCUGCAUUAUGCCCUGGAGAAGCAGUCGGUAGAAUGCUGCCUCUUGCUCAUCAAGGCUCGCGCCAACAUCUCCCUGAUAAGCAGCGGUAUGAACAGGCCGCUGCACCUGGCGGCAGCGGCUGGGAUGGACCGAGUGUGCAGCCGCCUCCUGGUCAAAGGGGCGUCCACGAAGGAGGAGAACGACAUGAAGGAGACGCCGCUGCACCUGGCCGCGAAGGCCGGGUCCUUGGCCUGCUGCCGCUUGAUCUACAGGAGCGGCGCCAACUGCAAUGCCCUAGACAAAAAUGGCAUGACGCCCUUGCAUCACGCGGCCAAAAUAGGCGCCGAAGACUGCUGCCGCUUUUUCCUGGCGAAGAGGGUGAACAUGCUCCGCGACUCCACCGGAAGGACGCCACUGCACAUCGCCGCAGGUGAGGGACACCUAAGCUGCUGUGAGCUGGUGCUAACCGCCGAAACCAGCUGGCAACUGGACGUCAUGGACUGCCACGGCUACACGCCCCUCUUCCGCGCCUUCGAGAACAAGUGGGACGACGUGUUCGUUUUCCUUUUGCUGAAGUUUCAACAUCGACCCCCCAGAGACCAGCAUCGGUCGAGGGACUCGCUGAGAAUCCUCAAGGCCUCGGGAUCAGGCGACCUGAGUCACAGGCUCAGCGCGGCUGAAGAGAGCGCUAACCAGAACAACAUGAGCCUCGUCCUCAGUCUCUGCAUUCAGGAGAGACGCAGCAAGGCCGUCGAGGGGAUCGUCAGGAGCGAAUUCUGGGGAGACGCCCUCGCACCCACCGCCGCCCAGCAAAGCAACCUUCGGCUCCUGAUCAUUCACUAUCCUGAACUUGCUAAGGUCGUGCUGGACAACUGCGUGCUGAGUCGACCGUCGUGUAAGGUGUUCCUCUUCUACUUCUUGGACGACACGUUCGCCGCCCCGAAUAUCGCCGCGAGCCCCGACGCCAGGAAAAUCAGGAACGCUUCUUUCCACUUUUACUCGACGCUCUUAUACGCACCAGGGACGUUCUAGACAAGGUAUCCUCUGCUUGCGACAGCAUCUCGAGCAAGUUCUGGAGUGCCGUGAUUUUCCCCUCGGACUUCGGUUCCGUCGAUGCGGCCGGAAGCGCGGCAGAAGACCUUGGGCUGCCCGAACGACCCCCCUGGUGCCCCUUUACUCCAGAGGGAUGGUUGACGGACAGUGCCACCCUCAAGGACGACUCGGAGGACGCCUGGAGGAACGAACACCCGCUCAGCCUCAUGGCUAGGCACAAGCGACUAGAUCUCCUGAAACACCCUCUGUGCCUGCGCUUCGUCUCCUACAAGUGGAACAGGUACAUCUGGCGUGUCUUCUAUGCGCUGUUUCUCAUGCCAUUUCUGUUUGUAGUGGCUCUCUCUCUCUACGGCACUAUGGCCUAUGACUGGGACUGCGUCUUGCAAGAAUUCAACAUCACCCGAGACCAGCUGUGCAACAGAGAAGAGAAGGAGCAAGGCGAGUGCACAAUGGAGGACACCUUCCAGAACGCCUUUGCGACCGACGAGUGCUUGGCCAGUCAAGGCGCGGAGGGAAACGGGCCCAACAAAGUUC